AUGCCAUACAUCCUCGAGCCACCUCUCUCUCCUUCACACUCACAACCACCACUCCUCGACACAAUGUCGCAAACAAUGCUCCUCACCAAGCGCCUCACAGCCUUCCUCUCGCAAAACACCACACCCCAACUUCCCACUCUUCUCCUCCUCUCCCCAACAGGCAAGCUCCUCUCGAGCUCCUCACCUCUCCCAGCUUCCACCCUCCGCACACAAGCAACACUCGCCUGCUCACUAUGGAACCUCUACCUACCCACGACAUCCAUCAUACCCUCUGCUCUCCCCUCGUCAUCACAGACCUCCUCCUCGCAACCCCAAUCACAAUCGCAAUCGCAAGCAGAAGCCCAAUCAGAAACAAGCCAUUCCCAGUCUCGCGGCUCCGACGCAACCCUCUCCAGCACAUCCACCAUCGCCGACCACGACCUCAGCACAAUCACGAUCCAGCUCUCCCACGGCAUAAUGGUGAUCCGCGCGCUCUCAUGCAGUCUCCUCUUCGUCGCCAUCGGACCUGCAAGUUCUAGCUCAAGUACAAGCACACAUCCCAAUGCCAACCACAAUACCAAUACCAAUCACAGCCAUACUUCGCUCCAGGCACAGGCACAUAUGAAUCUCUCGCGGCAUACAAGUCCGCCGUCUUCGCCGCAGGGCGAUGCGCAUGAGGGGGAGAGAGGAGGAGGGGGAAGUCAUUUGAGCGCUGGUGUGGGGAGAGGGAGUGGGAGUGCGGUGCCGAGUGAUGCGGGGAGUAUUAGGAGUACGGGGACGAGGACGGGGAGUUUGGUCGGGGUUAGGAGGCAGGCGGUUGAGAUUGGGAAGUGGUUGGAUGGGCAGCUGGAGGGGUUUAGGUUGAGUUCUCCUGAUGGCCGGUGA